AUGGAAGCUGUCGAAGCUGAGCAGUCCAGCAUUGCCAACAUGGAAACCACAUCUCUUCCGGAAAUGAAUGAAUCAUUCGUCUUGAGCCCGGAGAGGCAGUUCAGUUUCGAAAACCGAUCGAUACCUGCUCUGCGAACUUCUAGAGAUGUUCGCGUCAGGAUUAUAGCUACCGGUCUUUGCGGCUCCGAUAUACAUUAUUGGCAACAUGGUCGCAUUGGACCGUACGUUGUCAACGGCCCAAUCGUCCUUGGCCACGAAUCUGCUGGCAUCGUCGAAUCGAUUGGGAAUGAUGUCAAGAACCUUCGCGUUGGUGACAGAGUCGCCCUGGAGCCCGGAGUAGGCUGCAAUAUCUGCGAAGCUUGUCGGAUAGGCCGUUACAACCUGUGCAGUUCGAUGCGUUUUGCCGCCACUCCUCCACACGAUGGCACAUUGUCGACGUUCUAUUGCUUGCCCGAAGAGUGCUGCUAUAAACUGCCAGAGCACGUAUCGUUCCAAGAAGGCGCACUGGUAGAGCCGCUUAGCAUCGCUGUACAUUGCUGCGGACUGGCGGGGAACCUACAAGGAAGAAGCAUAGCUGUGUUUGGUGCUGGUCCUAUAGGUCUCCUAUGUGCCGCUGUAGCAAGCGCUUUUGGUGCGGCGACAGUCGUUGCUGUAGAUAUUGUAGAGUCGCGGCUCGAAGUCGUGAAAACUUUUGGAGCUACACAUACUUACAAGAUGCAGAGCCUGCUACCUGAGCUGAACUCCAUCCAAUUACUGGAGCAAUCCGGCUGUAAAGAGGGCGUGGAUGUUGUCAUCGAUGCUACUGGGGCAGAGCCAUGUAUCGAGUGCGGAGUAUGGGCAUUAAAGCGCGGAGGAACUUUUGUCCAGGCUGGUCUCGGAUCUCCCCGCAUUGCAUUUCCCAUCGGUCAAUUAUGCGACAAGGAGGCUGUUCUGAAAGGCAGCUUUCGCUAUGGGCCAGGCGACUACAAGCUCGCGAUUUCGUUGCUCGAGUCAAGACGUAUUCGGUUGGCAACUCUUAUAACCCAUGAAUUUCCGUUUUCGGAAGCCGAGAAGGCAUUCAACAACGUCCAUGAGCGGAAUGGUGUCAAGAGUAUCAUUUACGGCCCCGGUUUGGAUGCUCAUACAGCAUGCGCAUGUCCGCCUUAG